UUCGAAAUUCAUGAAUCAUACUGAUUAAAAAAAAAGAAAAAGGAAAACUUUCUUCAUGUAAGGAAAAAAAAAGGGGGAAAAAUCUGAGGACGGCAAUAACACCACCAACGACAAAACGUCUCUCGGUCCCUCUCUCCUUCAGGUUUCCAACUCCCAUUUCCUUCGGUUACAAUUCAAAACUCUCUCUCUAUAUAUGCAACGACCACUGUCUUCAUUCUCUUUGUCUGUCAUCAACCUCUCAUGGCGGGUCUCUACUCUUCUUCCAGACCCACCUCGGCUUCUUCUUCUUCUUCCUCGUCAUCGUCGUCGUCGUCUGCAUCAUCUUCUUCCUUUCAGACCUUCGCUUCCCGCCUUCUCUUGCUCCUCACCGUCCUCCCUCUAACUCUCGCCGGCUUCGCCUUCGUUCUCCAAUGGCGUGGCGGUCUCAAUGACCCCAUUACCCGAUGGGCACCUGACCAUCACGAGUUCCCUGGCAUGGUCGACUUGGGUGGGCCCCCAGUCCAGGCUUCACAUUCUUCGGGUUCCGACUGCGUCGAUCUUCUGGGUCGGAGCCACUCGCCCUCCUUCCCCUACUAUAAGGACUGGAAGUUCGAUUACAUGUCCGAUCUGAGGCCCAAGAUAUGCAUUCAAACAAGCACUUCCGCUGGUUUAGAGCAAACGUUGCCAUGGAUCUUUUAUCAUAAGGUUAUUGGAGUUUCAACCUUUUUCCUUUUUGUGGAAGGCAAGGCUGCAUCCCCUAAUGUAUCUAAAGUCUUUGAAAGCAUUCCGGGAGUGAAGGUUAUAUACAGGACAAGGGAAUUGGAGGAGCAGCAGGCUAAAAGUCGGAUUUGGAACGAGACAUGGCUUUCAAGCUUCUUCUAUAAACCGUGUAAUUAUGAGUUGUUUGUGAAGCAAUCCCUUAACAUGGAGAUGGCUAUUGUCAUGGCAAGGGAGGCUGGCAUGGAUUGGAUCAUCCAUCUUGAUACCGAUGAGUUAAUAUAUCCAGCAGGCACUCAGGAGUACUCUUUGAGACAGUUGUUGUCCGAUGUGCCUAGAAAUGUUGAUAUGGUUGUCUUUCCAAAUUAUGAAAGUAGUGUAGAGCAAGAUGAUAUCAAGGACCCUUUCAGUGAGGUGUCAAUGUUCAAAAAGAACUAUGACCAUCUUCCAAAGGAUGUAUAUUUUGGAAAUUAUAAAGAAGCAACCCGGGGUAAUCCAAACUAUUUUCUAACAUAUGGAAAUGGGAAAUCAGCUGCUCGAAUUCAAGAUCACCUUCGCCCUAACGGUGCACACAGAUGGCACAAUUAUAUGAAGACACCAAAUGAGAUCAAAUUGGAUGAGGCUGCUGUUCUGCAUUAUACAUAUCCAAAAUUUUCAGAUUUGACCUCUAGACGUGAUCGGUGUGGUUGCAAACCUACCAAGGAGGACGUUAAGAGAUGCUUCAUGUUGGAAUUUGAUAGAGCUGCAUUCAUAAUUGCUUCAACUGCAACAGAGGAGGAAAUGCUUAGCUGGUACCGGGAACGCAUUGUGUGGACUGACAAAGCGCUCAACUUAAAACUUUUGAGGAAGGGCAUCUUGACUCGAAUUUUUGCACCGAUGGUCAUCAUACAAGGUUUGAGGGAAUCGGGUGUUUUCAGCUCCGUAAUUGCAUCAGCUGCACAAACAACUUUAUCAAAAGAUCAGUUCCUGACAUCUGUGGAAAGUAGCAACUCCUCUAGGGAAUCCACAUCAGGAGCAAUUACUUCAAGAAAGAUGGGUAAAAUAAUAGAUUCUCAAGCAACUGCCAGAAGGGUCUUGGGAUUCACAGACGAUGCUUCUCACCCCUCGGCAAUUCCACCGUUAUCUCCUCCUGGCUUGGAUAAUUUUCCAAUUGAAACACAAUUGUUUUCCGAAUCACAAUGACCCAGGCCUCGUCGAAAUCCAGCUUCCUGUGUGAACAAGCGUUGAGAAAUGAAAUUUUUGUAGAAGAGAAAAGUUGAGGGAGUGAGAGAAACAGGUUUGGCUGUUGAGAUGAGGUGUUUCAGUUUCUCAGUUUCGAGGGGUUCUUCCCGAUCAUUACCCAAGCGCUGAUGUACAUUACAUUACAGGCUUAGAUUAGAGAUUUUGCAGAGUUUUGAGGUUAGAGGGGAUUUCGAUUGCAGGUUCUUAAUUUUCUUACAUGGUAGCUCUAUGCGGAACCCGUCUGAUUUUGCCUGCGGCUGUAAUCCAUUAUUCUUGGCCCCUCAUAUUUAUUUGUUCAUACACAUUGGAUGGGGUUAACAAUAGGCAUAAUAAUACUGAUAGUGUCAUUUCCUAUACAGAGAUGUUUUAUCUCAAGGUUAUUUGCGGUUUA